AUGAACUACGGCAGCAAGACGACGUUUAUCGGUUUAGACACAGACAAACGCAAAUUGACGCUGUCCAAGAAGUUCGUGAUGUACGCCUACGACAAAGACACCGGAGAAAUAUUUGGCCGCACGCCGUCCAGUUGGGCCAAAAUUGGAUUAUUUUAUACAGCAUUUUAUUUAACACUUGUCGCUAUGUUUGGAGUAGUUUUAUGGUUUUUCUUCCAAACUCUUGAUCCACGUACUCCGACUAGACAACUUGAACAUUCACUAAUUGGAACAAACCCAGGUUUGGGAUUUAGACCUAUGUCCAAUGAAACUCAUAGCACUUUAAUUCAUAUAAAUAGUAAAUCAGUUCAAGAUUAUUCAGUGUGGACAGAAAGACUAGUCAAAUUUUUAGAUGUAUACAAAAAACCGGGUUUAACACCCGGAAGAGGUCAAAAUAUUGCAACUUGCAAUUACGAUAAACCUCCUGGAAAAGGAAAGGUCUGUGAUAUUGAUGUGAAAGCAUUCAAUUCUUGCACAGAAGAAAAUCGGUUCAAUUUUCAUCGUCAAGGACCUUGUAUUUUUCUUAAACUAAAUAAAAUUUAUGGUUGGAAUCCUAUAUUUUAUGAUAAUCCAAAUGACCUACCACAUGAUAUGCCAAAAGGUUUGAAAGACCACAUCAAAAAAAUAACCAAUCCAGAGGAGUUAAGAACUGUGUGGGUAUCAUGUGAAGGAGAAACUGUGUCUGACAAAGAACUCAUUGGGCCAAUGGCAUAUUGGCCCAUUCCUGGAUUUCCUGGCUACUUCUUCCCAUUUGAAAACUCUGAAGGAUACCUAAGCCCAUUGGUUGCAAUUCAUUUCAAAAGUCCAGCAAAAAGUAUUGUAAUCAACAUUUUGUGUAAAGCCUGGGCAAAAAAUAUUGUUCAUAAAAAAAAUGGCAUCAACAGAGGAUCUGUGCAUUUUGAAUUGAUGAUGGAUUAA